AUGUUGCCCCAGAUCCGAACCCCAAGAGUCUCCUCUUCCCCACAAGUGGCGAAGUUGCCCUUCCUAACACCUCGUAGCUCCCGGCUCGAUGACAGGCCCAAGCCAGGUGCCACAUCCGACCCUCUCCUACCGACAACACCUCGACAAUCCGCAAAGCUUCCAGCUGUACGGAAUCUUAAAAGGGCCACAAUCGAAAUUAAGAAAAGGCAGCUACUGGCCGAGCAACGCAAUUCCUCUACGCUCAACAUUGGCAGGGAACUCGAAUCUGCACCCAAGCCGAAACUGGUUAGUGCAUCUGCGAUUUCUGCUUCUAAAGCCUCUGUCAUGGUAGCAAAAGCUGAGCCAGUGAAGAGUACUUUACCCGAUCAGGGGUACGACAGUGGUAAGAAUGAGGAAAAUGCAUCGAAAACACCCCCCACAACAGCAGCAACCACCACCACAGCGAAAAGGAAAACGCCAGAACAAAUGCUUGAUGAGAUCCUGCGCCAGGAAAAGUUUUCUUUCCGGCGCGAGCGAGUUCAGCGGUCGGCAACUGGAGCAGGUGACGAGAAAGAAGAUGAGAAUCUCGCCUGCGCUACGGUUGCACCAGAAACUGAUGAAAAUCGAAGCAAUUGUCCAUCUGUGGACAACAAACCGGUGGAGCCUGAAACAUGCUCAAAUGCCUCUGCAGUCGAACAAAAUGCACACAAUCGCACCUCAAUAACAUCACUUUCAUGGACGGGUUUCGAAUCCGGUCCCUGGCCAGAGGGUGCAAAAAUACCGGUUGAAAAAAUUUCCAGUCGCUCAUCACAGCGUGAAAUUGAAGCAAAUUAUGUUUACAAACCCGCAAAGAAGUGGGUUCGUCUGCCGGCCAGUCAGACAGAAGUAAGAGUGCCUGGUAGGGGCAUUUUGCCGUUGAAAAAGCUGCCACAGGACCCCCUGGCGAAGUAUGUUAAUGAACAGAAGAGGUUUUCCAUGGGUUUCUGGUCUCAGCCACGAGAGGAAAGUGCAUGUACCGCCGACGACGCGAGUCUCGUACACCAGUCUGCUCUGUUUAGACUCUGCGAGGCCUUCACGGAGAACAUGGGGAGAGAUUAUCUAAAAGCAAUGGCUCGAGAAUCUUGUCAACCCGUCUCCAGUUCUGAUGAUGAGACACCCCGCUGGCGGGCGAGCGCCAAAACCGUCCAUGACGAUAAUGAACGCAUUUGGAAUUGGGAUGGCUCGCUACCCACUAGUAGACGCCUACGUGAGGGAAAACCACCGCCCGAGCCCGAACCCUCAGAGGUGUGUAGUUUGGUGCGUGACUCCAUGGACAUGAAGUCAGACCUCUCGGCGCUGUUUAUGAUCGGUUCAGACUGCUCCACAGAUGUGGAAUUCGAUGAGGACGAUUUCGUGAAAGCUCACAAGGAUCACCCGUUCGCAGACGUCCGCCUCAUUGCUGGGCUGCAGCACCCGUCUCUGCCACGGGAUCGAUGGCUGCAACGACAGCGUCGGAAG